UUUUAAAGAAUACACAAAGUUAUAUCUUCAACUUACUUCUAACAAAAAAUGAAGAUUUCCUACACCUCAAACCGAUUCCUCAUGUUCAUCAUCUUCACUGCAUGCUUAUGUUUAUACUUUGCUAUUCAAAAGAAAAAUCCUGAUGAAAAUGAAGAUAUCUUAAUUAUACCUUCCAAAUUUGAGAUCCCAACGAGUAAGUACACCACCAUAUCGGGUCUUAAACUUGAUAAGCUUCCUAACCAAGAUGAUGUUAUAGAAUUAUUUCAAGUAUGGAAGAAAGAAAAUGGACGAGUCUACAGUGAUCCAGAAGAGAUGGCAAGGAAAUUUGAAACUUUUGUUACAAAUUUGAAGUAUAUAGUAGAGAGUAAUGCAAAGAGAGACUCACCUCAUAGCGCUCGUCUUGGUCUGAACAACUUUGCUGAUUGGAGCUCCACGGAGUACAGAGAAACAUACAUGACCUUAAACAUUGACGCCAUGGAUAUUGUGAACGAGGAUGAUGUUGAGGACGUAACAUGUAGUGAUCCACCUUCAACCUUGGACUGGAGGUCGAGGGGAGCUGUCACUCCUGUUAAGAAUCAAGGCCUUUGUGGUGCUUGUUGGGCAUUCGCAACGGUAGGCGCCAUUGAAGGAAUAGUUGCAAUAAAGACUAACAAUCUUACCAGGCUUUCAGAGCAAGAGCUUCUAGAUUGUGAACCAGUUGGAAGUUGUUUACAAGGAAGUGUGAACAGAGCAUUCAUUUGGAUAAAAGAAAACAAAGGAAUUGCAUCAGAAGAUGAUUAUCCUUAUACGUUUAAAAAGGAUGUUUGCAGAAAGACCACGAUUCAAAACAGUGCAAAUAGUGGUAUUGAUUCACAUCAUCUGGUGGAGAGAUCAGAGAGGGGACUACUGUGUGCAGUUGCUAAGCAGCCUAUUAGUGUUAGUAUUUAUGCAGAAUCACCCAGUUAUCAACUUUAUGAAGAUGGAGUAUUUAAAGGUGAAGAUUGCCCGUUGGAUUCUAAAAAUGUAACUCACUCCAUGGUAAUAGUGGGUUAUAAUUCGGUAAACAAUGAAGAUUAUUGGAUUGUGAAGAAUUCACAAGGGACAGGAUGGGGAAUGGAGGGGUAUAUGUGGAUCAAAAGGAACACCACUAAAAUGUAUGGAGUGUGUGCAAUCAAUGCAUAUGCUUUUAAUCCAGUCAAACAAUAAAAGUCUAAAUUUGAAGAAUAAGUUAAAACAAGAUUUACGGUUUUGUGAGUCUAGAGUUUGUUGCGUGGUUAUUGUUGAUGUUGUUCUGAACAUGUCAAUACUCUUGUUAAUGGUUUUUAUUCUUAAUGUAUCAUAGCCGUCAUGAUAAUAAAAUAGUUGGUAUAUAUUUAUUAGUAA